CUUCACCAACAGUCUGCGAAACUAUCGACUUGUGUUGUCAUAAAUCCGGUCACUCACUCGGUACUACCACUCACUGGUAUUGCAAUCAAUCGGAUAGAAGCACAACGAUUUGGAAAGGAGACAGCUGUCUCAACAGGCACCAGCGACCAUGGCUGACCGAUUCCCUUCUCUCGAGGAUUUUGACGAGGGCAAGACAGAAGCGACUGGCGCAUCAGCUCUCGAUGGCGUUGACGAGCCCUCCGAUUUCUUGGCUAGAGAACGCGCAGCUCUGGGAGAUGACGCUGAAAUGUUUACAACCUCCGCAGACAACGCUGCAACAGUCGCAAACGUAGCCGAAGACGACGAUGAUUUGCUCGGAGGAGGCGGUGGAGGAAGUGCUCCUGCAAAUGGCGACAUGAUGGGCGACUUCGAAUCCUCCUUCCCAGCUGUAGACACAUCCAACGGAGCUGUCGCACCAGGUGGAACAAUCACCGGCUCGACUGCACCUUUCCAAGCACCAUCAUAUCACGAGUACGAAGCCGAGCCAGAUGUCGUGAGAGAGUGGAGGGAACGCCGUGAUCUACAGAUUCAGCACCGGGACGAGGUUUCUGCAUCGAAGAAGGCUGAGACCGUCAAGGCUGCUCAAGAGGCGAUCGAUGAAUUUUAUGAGAACUACAACAACAAGAAAGAGAAGCAGAUUGCUCAGACGCGGAGAGAGGCAGAGGAGUUCUUGAAGUCCCGAGAAGACACCACUGCUGGUGGCACAAGCUGGGAGCGUAUUGCCAAGCUUGUUGAUCUCAGUGGAAAGGGUACGACUGGCGGUGCUGCCGGAAGCGGGAAGGCGAAGAUGAGGGAGCUUUUGAUCAGCUUAAGAAAAGAUGAGAAGGCACCUGGCGCUUCUGGUGUUUAGGUGAAGCGUUCUCAGAGCGCUUUCAUGGACGACUGCAUCGCUGUGCCACCUUCGUCUGGGCGACAGACGGUCGGAAACAAUUGUAAUCUAUGCUUUGGCAGAGGUUCCGCUCGAGCAUAUCAUCGAAAAGAAUAGAUCCGUGUGUAACAUAUGUCGGCCUCGAAGCCUACGCGAAC